AUGGAGGCGCCGCGGAGCCCCCCGGGGCCGGAGGCCGGGCGCGCCCGGGGGGGGCUGGAGCCGGCCGGCGGCUGCCCCUCGCCGCUGGAGCUGCGCUCCGCCCCCAGCAAGAAGAUCUGGAUCAAGCUGCGGGCGCUGCUGCGCUACAUGGUGAAGCAGCUGGAGACGGGCGAGGUGAACAUCGAGGAGCUCAAGAGGAACCUGGAGUACACGGCGUCGCUGCUCGAGGCCGUCUACAUCGACGAGACGAGGCAGAUCCUGGACACGGAGGACGAGCUGCAGGAGAUGCGCUCGGACGCGGUGCCCUCGGAGGUGCGCGACUGGCUGGCCUCCACCUUCACGCAGCAGACGCGGGCCAAGGGCCGCCGCUCCGAGGAGAAGCCCAAGUUCCGCAGCAUCGUCCACGCCGUGCAGGCCGGCAUCUUCGUCGAGAGGAUGUUUCGCCGGACGUACACGGCCGUGGGGCCCAGCUACUCCACCUCGGUCCUCAACUGCCUGAAGAGCCUCGACCUGUGGUGUUUCGACGUGUUCGCGCUGAACCGGGUGACGGAGGAUCACGCCCUGAGGACCAUCGUCUUCGAGCUCUUCACCCGACACAACCUCAACAGCCGCUUCAAGAUCCCCACGGUGUUCCUCAUGACCUUGCUGGACGCGCUGGAGGCCGGCUACGGGAAGUACAAGAACCCCUACCACAACCAGAUCCACGCCGCCGACGUCACCCAGACCGUGCACUGCUUCCUGCUCCGCACCGGCAUGGUGCACUACCUGACGGAGAUCGAGGUCCUGGCCAUCGUCUUCGCCGCCGCCAUCCAUGACUACGAGCACACGGGCACCACCAACAGCUUCCACAUCCAGACCAAGUCGGACUGCGCCAUCCUCUACAACGACCGCUCGGUGCUGGAGAACCACCACAUCAGCGCCGUCUUCCGCAUGAUGCAAGACGACGAGAUGAACAUCUUCGUCAACCUGACCAAAGACGAGUUUGCGGAGCUGCGGGCCUUGGUCAUCGAGAUGGUUCUGGCCACCGACAUGUCCUGCCACUUCCAGCAGGUGAAGUCCAUGAAAACCUCCUUGCAGCAGCUGGAGCGGAUCGAUAAGUCGAAGGUGCUGUCCCUGCUGCUGCACGCCGCCGACAUCAGCCACCCCACCAAGCAGUGGACGGUGCACAGCCGCUGGACCAAAGCCCUCAUGGAGGAGUUCUUCAGACAGGGCGACAAGGAGGCUGAGCUGGGCCUGCCCUUCUCGCCCCUCUGCGACCGCACCUCCACGCUGGUGGCCCAGUCCCAGAUCGGCUUCAUCGACUUCAUCGUGGAGCCCACCUUCUCGGUGCUGACCGACGUGGCCGAGAAGAUGGUGCUGCCCCUCGCGGAGGACGGCUCCAAAGCCAAGGGCAACCCGGCGGGCAGCCAGCAAGCCAGCUCGCAGUGGCGGCAGCCGUCCCUGGACGAGCACCUGGAGCUGGGGGACAUCAACGCGGACCUGGCCAGCUUCCGCGCCACCUGGUCCAAGUACAUCCAGGAGAACAAGCAGAAGUGGAAGGAGCGGGCGGCCAGCGGAAUCACCAACCAGACGUCCAUCGAGGAGCUGCCGCCGUGCGAGGAGGAGCCGCCGGCACCCGGGAGCCGGCACAAGCACAACGGCGACGUGGAAUAGCCCGAGGAGGGAGCGAGGUCCUCGCCCGACCGAGCGAUGCAGUUUAGUCCAAAGUCUUCGAUGCCAUCGAGUUCAGCACCAUUUGCAGGGAAGGAGCCGCCCGGGCCCCGGCCGAUACAAGAAUUAACGCCAACCUCCGACUCCAGAGCAUCCCUGACGUCCCCGGCCGUCCGGGCUGGGGUCCCCGAGCCGCCGGGACCCCCGGGCACCCGGUUCC